UACAGAUUCCCACCUUGAGUCAUACCCCUUUGCCUUUAGCAAUGUUAUUGUUUUCAUAUUAUUUAUCUUGUACGGAGAGGUAAACAUUGGGCUGUGAAUAUCCAGUAAUCCAUCCGUCACCUCAAUGCCUUAAUUAAUCUACGCUGUCAGCAUGAAUGACAUGAACCUCAGCCCAGUGGGCAUGGACCAGCUCAGCGUGCCCCCUGUGAGUGCGAGUCACCUUUGCCUUCCCACAUCUCCAACCCACAACCCCAUCACCACUUCAGGCAUGCCGGUCGCUAUACCCAGCUUGGGUCCAUCUCUUGGGCCUCUUCCUUCUGCUCUGUCCUUGAUGUUACCCAUGGGUCCUUUAGGGGACAGAGGUGUUAUGUGUGGCCUUCCAGAGAGAAAUUAUACAUUACCACCUCCUCCAUAUCCGCACCUGGAGAGUAGCUACUUCAGACAUAUUCUUCCAGGUAUUUUGUCAUACCUGGCAGAUCGUCCACCACCUCAGUACAUUCAUCCGAGCAGCCUUAACAUGGAUGGUACGCUUUCUGUCUCCAACAACCACCCUUCUGGCUUAGACCCAUACAGUGGUCCAGGUGGCCCUCUAGAACAGGGCUUGGUGUCCCUUGACUCACGGCAGGUAGGAGGCCAAGGUGAUCUCCACCAGGGAGGCUCUCACGAAGUGCAGCUAGACACCACGGGACUAACCAUGGAGUCACGUGUCAGUAGUCCCAUGUCUCCGGAUGGAAUGGAAGAAGACUUGGCCACCAUGGAAGGUGUAGUGGUGGCAGAGACCCAGCAGCAGCUUGGGCCCAGACCUCAGCCUCAUGAAGGUUUGGAUUCCUCCGGAGGUGUUAUGCCCCUGCAUGGAGCAGGGCUGGAGCUGCCAGUAGUGAUGGAGCAGGAGCAUAUGGGUGGCAGAGUACGAACCAACACUACUGGAGGGCUGAGCUCUGGGGUGGUUAGUGUUGUGCUCACUGGGGCCAUGCCCCAACAGUCUCAGCUAGAACCUGUUUCUUUACACGGGCCUGCGGGUAUGGGACUAGAAGCUGUUAACGUGUCGCCCAUCACUGCUGAGGUGUCUCUAGGACCAGACAAUAGCCUGGUGCUGGUGAACUCUACAUUGCAACUAGAAGACUCAACCUCCAAUAAGGAAAACAUGGCCACGGCCUUUAACAUUUGGUGUACUUUGUGUGAGCGGUCGUAUCCCUCCGACUGCCCCGAGCAUGGACCUGUCACAUUCAUCCCAGACACGCCCAUUCAGAGUAGAGCCCGCCUCUCUCUGCCCCGCCCCUUAUGCAUGCGGAUUUCAGUAAAUGAUGAGCCUUCUGGUGUGUUUGCUAGAGAGACCAUACCUUCACGCACCUGCUUUGGGCCUAUGGUUGGACAGCACUGCAGCAGUGUCGAACUUACAGACUGGUCUGACAAGGACACCCCUCAGAUAUGGAAGAUGUUUCACAAUGAUAUUCAAGAGUUCUGCAUCGUCACGACAGAUGAGCACGAGUGCAACUGGAUGAUGUUUGUACGGAAAGCAAGGACUUCAGAAGAAAGAAACCUUGUGGCAUAUAUUGACAACGGGAAGCUUUAUUUCUGCACAUCCAGAGAGAUUCUGCCAGACCAGGAGCUCCUUUUUUAUUACAGCGGGGAUUACAGCAGGCAGCUAGGUGUACCAGCAGUGCCAGAAGGCCAGAUUUGUCACUGUGGAAAAGAGUGUGCCUCUUUCACCGAAUUUAAAUCUCACCUUAACAGCCAUGCCCAGAGCCAAAGCCCCGCCCAGGACCACCCUGCACAUGCUACCCACAACCAAUCACAAGAGAAAGUGCCCAACGAGGCAUCCCGCUCCACCUCCCCUCCACAAUGGCAGUGCCAUUCAGACAUGAGCGAACAUUCCAGCAGCAACGGGCACGCUCACGGCCGCGAGAGGAAGUUUAAAUGCAGCAUGUGCACGAGAGCGUUCACCACGUCCACCAAACUUAACGUGCAUUUCAUGGGUCACAUGGGCAUGAGACCGCACAAGUGCAGCUACUGCAGCAAAGCUUUUAGUGAUCCGAGCAAUCUCAGAAAACACCUGAGAAUUCACACAGGUCAGAAGAACUUUAGGUGUACAGUAUGUGGAAAGUCUUUCACUCAGAAAGCACAUGUGGAAUCUCAUAUGGUCAUACACAACGGUACCAAGAACUUUAAGUGCGACCAUUGUGACAGGAUGUUUGUGCGGAAACAAGACCUUAAACAGCACAUGUAUUCACAUUCGUUAGAUCGCCAGAUAAGCUGUCCAAAAUGUGACAAGCAGUUCUUGAAGAUGGACCAUCUCAAGAAACAUUUAAACUCUCACGAUGGUAAACGGGAUUUCAUCUGUGAAAAAUGCAGCAAGGGCUUUCUUACUAAAUACCACCUUACACGGCACCUUAAAAUCUGCAAGGGUCCGAAAACUGGUCGAGGGGCAGCACAGGGAGAGGAAGGGGAAGAUGAGGAGGAUGAGGAAGAUGAUGAGGAAGAAGAGAGGACUGCUGACAGGGAUCAAUCAAGCCAAUGAUGAGGAGUGUAGAAUAAGGCCAUAGGGACAUUUUCUUCUGAAAAAAAAACUCUAACUUUAUCCUUAAAUGUUUCGUGGUUUGUUUAGAUUAUGUUUCUGUAUUUCUCAUUAAAGGCUUUAAAUUCAUGUUGCCAAAAUCAUUGUAUCCACAAAAAAAUGGUCAACAACUCAUACCAAUGUAAUUUAGAUUUAAAAAAGAUAAUUAUGAAUUGAAAUGUUGGUAGAUAAUAUUGAACAAUAGAUGUUGUGUUUUAUUUGUUUACACCCACAGUGCAUUUUUUGUUUGUUUAACGUGUUUCUUGACAGCAGUCAGGCAUGCCUGUUUUGUACACUUAAAUCUCUGUAUUGUAUUUAUUUUGUAAAUAAAUUAAUACUUUUUUA